CCCUGCUAGAGAAAAGCUCAGAUGCGCAAUCUCAGCCUAUAUUUAGAACAUAAACACAUGUCCAAACACAAUACACUCUAUUACUAAUUCAAAAUCUGCUGUCUUUUAUUAUUAUUUUUAAAAUAACCAAAUUAAUUAAAUUAUUUCGUUGUCAAAAUCCAGAAUAUUUCAGAACAAAAUACCUACUACAUAUUUGAUCUCUCCUGAAAGAAAAAUAAAAGCUGGAAACUUGGACGAAUGUGUACAAAUCAAUCUUCCUUUUUUCUUUGUCCUGAAUUAGUUUUUGGAAUGGGUCCGAACUCGGACAAGUAACCCGCCAUUUUCUCCUCGGUCUCUCUGCUCAUCUCUUCAGUAUCGGAUCUGGGUCUCCUUCUCUUUCGUUUCAAGAUUUAUUUCGAGGAGACGUGACGUUAGCUGUAAUUCAUUCUUUACUUGCUUUGGCUAUUAAAGGCGGCACUAGCGUGAAUUAAAAAGAAAAGAAACCCUAUAGAGACACAUUUGGUUGUGUGUGUUCAUUCCUCUCUACUGGAGACAGAUCUUGAUUACAGAUUCAAGACCUAAGAGAUCUAGGUUCUGUUCUUGAGUGAAUAAAUCUAGUGAGAUCAUGGGAAUGAGUCUCGAUUUCGAUGUUGAUCUUGAGAAAGGAAUCUUAGAUUGCCAAAAUGUUUAUACAAAAUCGCCGGAGAAGCCAUUGAUACCGAUGUGUCCAGAUAGCAAACCGGUAGAAACCGGUUUGUUAGAGAACGAUGCAAGUCCGGUUCAAUGUGCGGUCAGCAAACCGGAAUGGGGGAGGAGCGAACGGAAGGAGAAACGCAAGAAAUCAGCGUCGAAACCUCCUAGGCCGCCGCGUGGACCGUCGCUAGACGCAGCGGAUGAGAAACUGAUAAGGGAGAUCGCUGAGCUGGCGAUGCUGAAACGCGCGAGGGUGGAACGUAUGAGAGCUUUGAAGAAAUCGAGAGAGGCCAAAGCUGCGUCUGCGUCUUCGGCUUCUUCUCUCGGCAAUGUAUUCGCCACUAUUCUCACCGCUAUCUUCUUCUUCGUCCUUGUUUUCCAAGGGUUCUCGCCGAGAGCAGCCGCUAGCUCCGGGGAAUCUCCCUUUGUUGGAAAAGCCGGUGGUGGUUUUGUACCGGUUCAAUAUGCGGGAAACCCAUCUGCGAGCGAACCGGGUGUAGGUUAUGGCGGUCCGGUUAAAGCACAGAGAAUCCCCAAUUUACUAAAACCAGUUUCUGGAUUAGAGAAUGAACAAAAGAUGAAUAGAGUUUCACAGUGAAAUGUACACCAACGGUCUGGAGUUAGGAGAUGGGGACAACUCCAUACUUGUUGAUCAAACCAUAUAUCGGUUUAGGUUGUCGGUGAACCAUGUAUGAAUACCGAUAAUUUUUUGUGCCAAAAUCAGCUGCUUUCUCGGCGGCAAUGAAACAAUAACUAUCCGAUGUGGGUAAGAGUAGUUUUGUAGUAAUGUUUUCCGUGUAACAAAAUAAGAGAAAGUUACAAAUAAAGUAAAUUGAGUGUUAUACUUUUA